CGGCGGCCCACCAAAACACGUUCUUUUUCGCGCAUCCCCACCACUUUACCAGCACGAUCGCCACCCGUCGGAGCUCUACGGAGCACAUCGAUUUUGUCGGCAGGUGUGUACACUGCGAUUACAACAACAAACAUUUUUUCAUCACGUCGUUAGUCGUUUACCGAUUUUCGUUUAUCAACGUUUCCUAUUUUGCGCCCGUUUUUUUGUUUUUUACUUGCCAAUUUUACAUUUUUAACUCUGUCAAUACAAUGGACGAAGACUGUGGAUCCAUCAACAUUUCACCGAUGAAAAGAAAUCCUCGUGGAAAAUUUGUUGGUUCUCGACAGAAAUUGAUGAUCGUAAACCUUUACAAGACUAAAAUGGCUAAGCAAGACAAUGCAGACGGCCCAAAAUUAAAAGCGAAGGAGAUUAUUAAGCAAAUAUCCGAAGAGAGUGGUAUAGGGCAAAGGACAGUGAGUGUUACUCUAUCGGAAUACCGAAAUAAAGGCAGUGUAUCAUCACCUAACAAAACCAAAAUCCGACCAACUGUUACGGAAAAAGUUGAUGAUUUUGACCAAAAUGCCAUUAGGAAAAAAGUACACGAGUUUUGGCACAGGCGAGAAAUUCCAACUUUAAAGAAAAUUUUAACUACGGUCAACGAAGAUACAACAUUACCAAAUUUUUCCGAAACAACAUUACGUAGACUUUUAAAACAUCUCAAUUUUGAGUAUGUUCGAAAAUCUCGUAAUAGCGCUCUUAUUGAACGAAUUGAUAUUGUGUGUUGGCGUCGAAGGUACUUGGAGUCCAUAAAAGAAUACCGUCAGUUAGGUAGACCCAUCUAUUAUCUGGACGAGACAUGGGUGAAUGCUGGUGAAACCACAUCGAAAACAUGGGUCGAUAAAAACUGUGAAGUCACCACGAGACGCAUUCCUAAGAGGAUUAACGACUGGACAAAAGGAACCGUCCGGUAA